GACUUGUCACGUGAUGACAGUAGCUGUGAUACACAGCCUCAUGUGUAAGUGACUGAAGCUUGUGCCUCAUCUAUCUACUCCCAGCUCUUUUCUUUCUUUCUAUCCUACCAAUGAAGAAACUCUUUGGACGUGACAAGGUGAAGCAGCAAAGGAUAACCUCGCACAGAGAUGUUGAUGUUGUUAUCGACGAUGAUGCACUACUUGUGCGCCCCAAACGGCCCUCAGAGGACCACCGUGACUGGGAGGUGCUAUCUGAGCCCCCUGUCCCUUCUAGUCCGUAUCCUCAGUUUGCAGUGCCUCCGAUGUCACCGAGCCGCUCGUCUUCCCUAGCUUCAAUUCCACCUGUAAUAUUACCCGCGCGUUCCAGUAGUCCAUACAGCGUUACAAGUCACACCACCACUACACCUACGCCCACACCCGCCCCCCAGACUAACCUAAACUCAACCCAUACCGUACGGAGAGACGGACGGAAGAUCCAGAAGACACAGCCUGGGCCUGCUGCACUUGGUAUACUGAAGUCGCUCGAUCCACAUCUGGAGCAUGCCCUGCAACAAUCACACCCGCAUCAUGCCCACGAAACAAUACCAGACGAGUAUUUUCCAGUUGAUCACAGGGACAGGGCAGAGAAGAAGGAGAGGAAGAGCUUUUGGGACGGGAUUAUCAGGGACAGGGACAGGGACAAAGACAAGGAACGCGGACGUGAUAAAGAGCGUGAAACUCGUGAGAAGGAAAAGGAAAAGGAGAGAGAAAAGGACAAAGAGGGACGAGAUCGUCUUUGGCGCGAAGAAGAUAAUCCCUCAGAGCUGACGCGCAUGAUCGGAUACCUUACGGCGACCUCAUCGGAGGACUGGUCCCUCGUGCUCGAGGUCUGCGAGCGCGCGUCUGCUACUGAAGCGAAUGCAAAGGAGGCUAUGAAAGCCCUUCGGAGGGAAUUCAAAUAUGCAGAGCCUAAAUCUCAGUUAUCUGCUGCUAGGUUAUGGGCAAUAAUGCUCCGCAACGCGUCCGAUAUCUUUCUAACUCAGAUCAGCUCCCGUAAAUUCAUCGACACCCUCGAGGAUGUGUUGACAAACUCAAGAACAAGUCCUGUCGUCAGAGAACGACUAAUGGAGGUGCUUGCAGCCGCCGCUUUCAUCACUAGCUCACGUCCCCACCCCUCGCCCAAAUCUGAACCAUCCCCUUUCUCGCUUAAAGAUCGCGACCGUGAUAGGGAUGGUUUUCGCGCCCUGUGGAUGCGAUUGAAACCUGCCGAUAAGCCUGACGUGGGGAUUCCGUUUGACACCGAGGAUGCUAUGUUUAGCCCCCCUAUAGUUCCUACGCGUCCACCAAUAGAGGAGCGGCCGUCGAAGAAAAAUCUCCAGCGCGGUGUCAUUCCUCCCGAAGAAGACAUGAAGCGCUUAUUCCAGGAAUGCAAGAUCGCGAAAGGAAAUGCGACUUUCCUUAGCGAGAUGCUUGCAUACACGAAACCGGAACAGAUAGAAGGGAGCCUAAUACCGGAAUUUUUGACAAAGUGCCGCGCGUCACAAGAACUCAUAUAUACCCAAAUUCCAUGGGCAUCUGCUGGAGCUGAACGGUCGCGCAAUGACCGAGAAAAGAAUGCAGAAGGAAAUGGACGUACGAAAUUGCAGCCUGACGUCCAAUUCAGUUCUCCGCUGAGUCGAGAUUACCAUGGUAUGGAUACUAAAUUUUAUAAUACAGAGGGGGAGGAACAAACUUCAGAGGAGGAGCUUCUUGGUGCGUUGCUUGACGCGAAUGAAGCACUUUUUGGAGCGUUGAGAAUGUAUGAUGAUGUUGUGCGGCUUGCGGAUGAGCAGGCGGCUGUUGAAAUUAGUCGAAGGGAUGUGAAGAUGGACCGAAGACACGUGGAAAAUGAGUACCUCAGAGAAUCCCAUCAUGAUUAUGGAGGCGGCUCCUCACGCACACCGUCACCAAUGCCAUCACCGCCUGCUUCGCCCCGCCAACACGACCUACCUCCCGUUAUUUUCUCACAAACCCACCCACUUCCUCGGGUCCCUCCUGCGCUCUCCCCUGGCCAUCCGCAAUACGGUUCUCUACCACAGUCCAUGAGCACACCAACACUGCUCGCACCGCCACCUCCCCCCAUGGGUCCUCGUUCUCCUGCAUUCCCGUCACGCCCGCCCUCGCCAGAUAGGGGUGGCCUCGUGCGUCCAUCAAGAGGGAACUCUCUGGAAAAUAUGAGUGGUGCUUUGGACCGGUUACACAUGGACGAAACCGAUGUGGAGGAAGAAGAAACUAAAUCUCCCAUACGACCGAGCGCGAAGGCGCUCGGGAAGAGGAGGGUUGUGGAAGAAGUCGAUGAUGAACAACACGACUCGAGUGAUUUGUACUACGAGCCAAGGCGUGGAUCGGUUGUAUUUGAGUCGGAUGAGGAGGUACGCGGCGGGGAUAACGCUAAUGCAAUGUGGCCUCGAAGACAGCCCACGCAGUAUGUAUAUGAUGCGGCUGCUGAGCGCACGGCGCAGCAUCUGCGGGAGGGUAGGGUGACUAUUGCUGCAAAUGGGGUUCAUUAGCUCUUUUGAUAAUUGUGGUCCUGUUACGAGCUUCAGCAUUUGAAGUGUGGUUGGAGGAGCUGUCCAUUUUAUUCUGUUCUUCAUUCCACCAUGUUCAACCAAUUUGUACGUUAACUUCUGUAGUAGUCAAUCAUCCAACCCUGCUAUUUAUGUGUCUUUGAA